AUGCAGCAGAUUGAAAGGAACCAAUUGAGCAGUGAUGAUUUAGCAGCAUACACAGCAGAUCAGAUUCGAAAACAAACCAGUACAGGUCCAACCUUCAACCCAAAUCAUGACAAUAACCUUAAUCUUAAUAAGAAUGGGAGUUCUGAAGACCUAGAAAGUCCAGCAGAGAGUGAUGAAGAGAAUGGCAAUGUAAAAAGGAAGUUUCCAAAGUUCAAGGCUAGAGAUGAUGAUUUUGUAAUCAAAUUUGAGGUUGGCCAGAUAUUCACAAAUGUUGAUCUGUUUAGAAAUGUUGUGAGAAACUAUGCUUUGCAGAAUAAGAAGGAUCUUGUGUUUGAUAAGAAUGAUACAAAGAGGAUUGUGAUAAAAUGCACUGAAAAGUGCCCAUUUUACUUGAGGGCUUCCAAGUAUGUACAGAAUAAUUAUUUUCAGAUUGUCACAUUUAAGGAUGAGCACACAUGCUAUUUGAGUAAUAGAAACCGACAAGCAAGGCCUAGUUUUCUUGCUAAGAAGUUUGUGCACCUUCUAAGGCACACCCCUCAUAUGAAACUGAAAGCUUUAGCUGAGGAAGCUAGACAUAGGUGGAGUGUGAGGUUGAGCAGAUAUCAAGUAUCUAGAGCUAGAGUGAAGGCUAUAGCUAUGAUUGAAGGGGCAACCUUGGAGCAAUAUAAGCAUCUCAGGAGUUAUGGUGAAGAGCUUAGAAGAAGCGAUCCAGGAACCAUAGUCAAAAUCAAAACCAUGGUAGAUGCUGGUGUAGUAGUAUUUGAGAGGAUAUAUGUAUGCCUAGCUGCAUGCAAAAGAGCCUUUGCCACCACAUGUAGACCUCUCAUUGGUUUAGAUGGGUGCUUCCUCAAAGGAGUUUAUGGGGGGCAACUCUUGACUGCUGUUGGAAAGGAUGGUAAUAAUCAGAUGUAUCAUAUAGCAUAUGCAGUUGUAGAGGCUGAAACAAAAGAUUCUUGGGAGUGGUUUGUGGACUUGUUACUGGCAGACUUAGACAGUAUUCAGAGCAAGAGAUGGUGCUUUAUAUCUGACCAGCAAAAGGGGCUUGUUCCUACACUGGCAGCAAUGGAUGAGAAUGUUGAUCAUAGAUUCUGUGUUAAACAUCUCUAUGGAAAUUGGAGGAAGAAAUACCCUGGACAGGAAAUGAAAGGAGCACUUUGGUCUGCUGCAAGAGCAAAUACUAUGUCACAUUGGGAGAAGACAAUGGAUAAGUUGAAGGAAUUGAAUGAGGAGGCUUGGAAUGACAUGAAGCAGAUACCUAUCAAACAAUGGAGUAGGGCUGGCUAUAGCACAUACCCAAAAUGUGACUUGCAAGUUAAUAACAUGUGCGAGGCCUUCAACAGAGCAAUCCUAGAGUAUAGGGAUAAACCUAUAAUCAACAUGCUUGAAGGAAGUUCUAUCUUACCAACAGGAUUGUGA